CCUGUUUGUGACCUGACGUCUCCAUAAAAAAAUCCAAUAAAAUGUGUUGCUCCUGGCUGAAAAGCAGCAGCUCAAUGAGGAGAGUCAGACAGAGGACAGGACAGGAGCGGCGGACAUCACUCUGACGAGACCUCCACAGACUGAGCUGCUGAUUCUGGACCGUACAAAAUCUACCCGAGUGACUGAAUAGGACCUGAGUUAAUACAGCAACUGUGACUGUGUUGAGCCUUUUUUUAAUUAUCCGAGGAUGGGGGAAUCAAAGGGUCAAGAAGAGCGACCCAAAUGGGACAACAAGGUCCAGUACCUUCUGACAUCCAUUGGCUUUGCAGUUGGACUGGGAAACGUGUGGCGGUUUCCCUACCUGUGCCAGAUCUACGGAGGGGGCGCAUUCCUCAUCCCUUACCUGAUUGCGCUGGUGUUCGAGGGCCUCCCCCUGCUCUACCUGGAGCUGGCAAUCGGACAGAGCCUCCGCAAGAGCAGCAUCGGGGUCUGGAACUCCAUCUCACCACUGCUGGGUGGAGUCGGUAUUGCCUCCAUGGUGGUAUCACUACUGGUGUCCAUGUUCUACAACACCAUCCUCGCCUGGGUGCUCUGGUACUUUUUUAACUCAUUCCAAAACCCGCUGCCAUGGUCUGAGUGUCCUUUGAAUGAUAACAAGACAGCCUAUAACACUGAGUGUGAGAAAAGCACUCCGGUGAAUUACUUCUGGUACCGUGAGACCUUGAACAUCACCCCCAAUGUGGAGACCAGCGGCUCCCUGCAGUGGUGGAUAGUCAUCUGUCUGGCCAGCGCCUGGUGUGUCGUCUAUAUCUGCUUCAUCAAAGGCAUUGAGUCAAUGGGAAAGGCCGUUUAUGUGACAGCCACAUUCCCUUACUUGGUCCUGACCAUAUUCCUGAUCCGCGGCCUCACUCUGCCUGGAGCUACUGAUGGGCUGAUGUAUCUCUUCACUCCUGACUGGGAAAUCCUUAAGAACCCCCAGGUUUGGUUAGAUGCUGCAACCCAGAUCUUCUUCUCUCUUUCUGUGGCAUUCGGAGGUCUCAUCGCAUUCUCCAGCUAUAAUCCAGAGAGAAACGACUGUGAGAGGGAUGCCGUUGUUGUGGGAAUAACAAACAGUGCCACGUCCCUCUACGCAUCCAUUCCCAUUUUUUCCAUACUGGGAUUUAAAGCCACGAGCGCCUUCAACAACUGCCAACAAGAAAACAUCCUGACUCUGACCAACCACUUUGACAUUGCAGACCAAAACGUGACCCUUGAAAACUAUGACCAGUGGUUCGAUCAUCUGAACAGGACACAUCCAGGGGAGAUAUCCUCUUUGCCCCUAAGGGUCUGUGACCUACAAACCUUUCUUGAUCAGAGUGCUUCAGGAACGGGCCUGGCCUUUAUUGUAUUCACAGAGGCAGUCUUAGAGAUGCCCGGGUCCCAGGUCUGGGCCAUAUUGUUCUUCAUAAUGCUCUUCAGCUUGGGUCUAUCUUCCAUGUUUGGCAACAUAGAGGGAGUCAUCACACCCCUCCGUGAGCUCAAACUAAUCCCCAAGUGGAUCCCUCAUGAAAUCACAACAGCGGCCGUCUGUUUGCUAUCAUUCUUGGUUAGCCUCAUCUUUACCAUGGGCUCUGGGAACUACUGGGUGGAGAUCUUUAACAGCUAUGUGGGCUCUGUACCUUUACUCAUCAUCGCCUUUUUUGAGAUUGUUGGAGUCGUUUAUAUCCGAGGAAUGAAACAAUUUAGUGAAGACAUUUACUUCAUGACUGGGAGGAAGCCCAACAUCUACUGGAAGGCCUGCUGGAUGGUGAUUAGUCCAUUAAUGCUCCUGGUGGUUUUUGUUGCUUACGUUGCUCUCCAAGCCAAGGACUACCCGGCCUACCCUGCAUGGAAUCCAGACUAUGAAUUAUUCCCUGAAACUGAGAGGAAGCCCUAUCCAGACUGGGUGUUUGGCAUAAUCGUCCUCCUCAUUGUUAUGCCUGUUGUUUCCAUCCCCCUGGUGGCUCUCUACAAACUGAUCUGCUGUGGAAUCAAAGGGUCUUCUAACCAAGUUUCCUUAAACUCCCACAACAAUGAAGCCUUUGAGAUCGAAACACGGGAAGAGCGGUAACACAGAGUUUAAAGCAAGGGGCGUCCAAACUUUUUGCCAUGGGGGCAAAGUUGAAAGUACUCUGGGGACCACAACAUUUUGAUCAUCUUUAUUAACAUUGCAACAACAAUCCAGCCCCCAAUUCUUACACAAUAAGAUAAAUAUGCUUUUAAAUGAAACAUCAAUAGUAGUCAGAUUUUUCUAUCUGAAUCCAGAACCUAUAUUGGCAAAUCAGAUUUAUGCCAUUCUGUAGUUGUGGUAAAGGGUUGGCUGCAGAAAAUCAUUCUGAGGGCCACAAAAGGCCCCCGGGCCGCACUUUUGAUAUCCCUGGUUCAAAUGACGGACAAAGUUCCUGUGCUACUGCUUCAUUAGCACAGAAGAGGGUUUCUACCAAUUACCGGAUAUUUUCGGAUAUGUGGCAUUAAUUUGAUUAUGAAGACACAUUUAAACUGGACGAGUAAAGAAGAAAAAUAUUUCUACACUUAAAAAGACUUUUUAUUUAAAAAUGAAAUGUAUCAUCCUUUGUGUAAAAUCAUGUUCUGAAACAGAUUCUAUUAUUUGCAAAACAGAUAUUAGCAAUACACUUUUGUGACUGCAAAUGUCAAAAACUUUAUUGGAGAUCUGGAAAUAUUAAGAAAUUAGCACAAAAGAACAAUCAGAAGCUAGUUAUCCUCACUAUAUCUCCAGUGACGUCAUGUUUUCUAUGUGGAAAACUACCACCUCAAAUAAACCAAACCCCCUUGACUUGUA